GUGCGUAUGCACGAGUGGUUGGGCUCAUCGCCACAGUGCAAUGGCCGUGCUUUCGAUUUCACUCGUUAAAUAUUAACAACACCAAUCUGGCCUUUGCUCUCAUCCAUGGCGGCACAUUGCAUUUGCGUGUAUGUAUGUAUGUACCGUUGUAUUCUUGCCGGUUCGAUUUGAAGUGUUAGUUAGGCGCACGCAAAAUGCAAUCAGAAAUUAAUAUAAUAUAUAUUUUUUUCCACUUUUCUAUUAUCCUUGUUUAUAACAUUCAAUUCAUUUGAGGCUUUUUUUGUUUUAUUUUUGAGUUCAAACCUCUUUCGUAUGCUCUGCAGUGCUUAGUUGAGUUUUAGUUUUCGUCAACGCAAGUAGUGGGUGGGUGCAAUGCGCUUUUACGCUACGAUUUGGCUGUUUUUGCUGCCAUUUUUCCUGUCGCUGCUCCCUCGGAAUGCUGAAGCCAAUGAUUUUUCUUCAUUUCUAACGGCAAAUGCAUCUUUGGCUGUGGUGGUGGAUCAGGAGUACAUGCAGCGACGUGGUGAAAAUAUUUUGGCCAAUUUUCAGAAAAUCCUCAGUGACACAAUACGUGAAAAUCUCAAAAAUGGUGGCAUCGAAGUUAAAUAUUUUUCCUGGAGUCAAAUUCGUUUGAAAAAAGAUUUCCUAGCUGCCAUGACCGUGACAGACUGCAAGAGUACUUGGCAAUUCUAUGAGUCUACCCAACAGACUUCCAUACUACUGAUCGCCAUAACUGAUGCCAACUGCCCACGUUUGCCAUUGAAUCGGGCCAUUAUGAUACCCAUAAUCGAUGAAGGACAGGAAUUAUCACAAAUCAUUCUUGACAUUAAGGUGCAACAAAUAUUGCGUUGGAAAACGGCGGCAGUGUUGCUCGAUCAGACGAUAUUGAGCGACAAUCCCACUUUGGUCGAAUCUGUUGUGCAUGAAAGCGUGAAAAAUCACAUCACACCCUUUUCUCUGCUCCUCUACCGCAUCGACGAUUCGUUACGUAGCCAAAAGAAGCGUACCGUUAUACGCCAAAUGUUAAUGAAUUUCCAGGAUAACGUACAGACGCCACGACAAUUUAUUGUACUCUCGAAAUUCUAUGAAGAUAUCGUCGAGAUUGCCGCAAGCUUGAAACUAUUUCAUGUCUACAAUCAAUGGUUGUUCUUCGUACUCAAUGAAGAGCUGCGGAAUUAUGAUGCUGUGUCCGUCACGCAGAACUUGGAGGAGGGCGCAAAUAUUGCGUUCAUUUUAAAUGCAACAGAGCCAACGGGGACUAGUUCGAUUAACUGUACAAUUGCCGAAUUGUCAAUGGCUUUUGUAACGUCCAUUUCACGAAUGAUUGUUGAGGAACAAUCUAUCUACGGGGAGAUUUCCGACGAAGAAUGGGAAGCGAUAAGAUACACGAAGCAAGAGAAGCAGGAUGAGAUACUGGGUUACAUGAAGGACUAUAUCAGAAUGAACAGUAAAUGUGCCAGUUGUUCGCAUUGGAAAAUUGAAACGGCCUUGACCUGGGGUAAAAGCGAAGAGCAUCGUAGAUACCAAACGAAUCUCGAGCUUCGUGAUACGCGCAAUAGAAAUUUCGAAUUCAUUGAUGUGGGUUACUGGACACCAACGUUGGGCUUCAUAACACACGAAGUAAUGUUUCCACAUAUUGUGCACUCUUUUCGGAAUAUCACCAUGGAUAUCCUGACUGUGCAUAGCCCACCAUGGCAAAUUUUGGAACGCGACAGUCGUGGGGAUAUUGUGCGUCAUAGCGGUAUUACCAUGGAAAUCUUGAAAGAAAUGAGUCGGAUGUUAAAUUUUUCCUACAUACUGCAUGAAGUCAAAACGAACCCAGCUGAGUUGGCUGCCGAGGAAAUGCAACAAACCAGCAAUUUAACAGAUGACCUUUUGGGCUCACUCACAUUCAAUAUACCCUAUCAAGUUAUAGAAACAAUGCAGUCGAGUCGUUAUUUCAUGGCCGCUUUAGCUGCAACUAUUGAUGAACCAGAUAAGAAAUCUUUCAACUACACAGUGCCAAUAAGCGUCCAAACAUAUACAUUCAUUGCUCGACAGCCAGACGAAGUGAGUCGCAUUUAUCUAUUCACUGCGCCCUUUACGACCGAGAUAUGGGGUUGUCUGGUUGCUAUCAUUAUAAUCACUGCGCCUGUCUUGUACUUCAUUAAUCGCUUGGUGCCCAUGGAGCACCUGCGCAUUACCGGCCUCAGCACGCUUAACAGUUGUUUCUGGUAUAUUUAUGGCGCGCUGUUGCAACAAGGCGGCAUGUAUUUGCCUAAAGCGGAUAGUGGUCGACUUGUCAUCGGUGUCUGGUGGAUUGUUGUUAUUGUGCUAGUGACAACUUAUAGCGGCAAUCUAGUCGCCUUCCUUACCUUUCCACAAUUCCAACCAGGUAUUGAUUACUUUUUUCAAAUAUUUUCAUCCAAUGAUGUGCGCCAGUUUGGUUUGCGAAAUGGUUCCUACUUCGAGAAAUAUUCCACACAGAUAACAACCCGCGACGACUUUCGUGAUUUUGUGCAGCGUGCUAUUAUUUACAACAAUGUUCAAGGCGAAGAUAUUGGUGCUGUACAAGAUGGAAAACGCGUUAACGUUGACUGGCGCGUCAACCUGCAAUUGAUUGUACAAAGACAGUUUGAGAAGAAUAAGGAGUGCAAGUUCGCUUUGGGUCGUGAUAGCUUUGUAGAUGAGCAGAUUGGUUUGAUGGUUCCUAAAAAAAGUCCUUACUUGCAAUUAAUUAACGACCAAAUAAUGCACAUGUUUCGAAUGGGCUUCAUAGAACGUUGGCACCAGAUAAAUCUACCUUCUAUGGAUAAAUGUAAUGGUCAUGGCGGUAUGCGCCAAAUAAUGAAUCAUAAAGUGAACUUGGAUGAUAUGCAAGGCUGCUUUAUGGUGCUUUUAUUUGGUUUCAUGAUAGCCCUGUUUGUGUUGUUCGUUGAAUAUUGGUACAGAUGGUAUUUCGUCGAGAAAAAGAAAGCCACAUUUACAUCAUAAAAUGUUAAUUGUAUUGCUUUGUGAAAAAGUUCGCACCACA